AUGACUAAGAGGUUAUCGGCUCUCCCGUCACCCAUCCUGCUCUGUGCCCGGGAGGCUGCCCAUGUGGAGGGCAGCAGCAGGAGUUUAGGAGCAGGAAAGAGCGAGGAGGGCGCCCUGGGGGAGGUUGCUAGACCUCGGGGCCAGACUCUGGAGACCAGCCAGAGGCUCCCGCUCUGGACUCCAUCCCCCCAGAGGGCAUCUGUGGAGUCUGUCCUCCACCAGGGGCUCAGUCUCUGCCUCUGGUGCAAGGCCCUCAGGCUGGGCCUCACCAAAGGGUCCAGUGAGCACGGAUGUCCUGGGCAAUUCCGGAACACAGCCUGGACCAGGUGCACGGAGGCCCGCGCUGCCGCCGCCCGGGAGGUGCUCCUGGCUGCGCUUGAAGACCUAAGCCAGGAGCGGUUGAAGCGCUUCCGCCACAAGCUGCGGGACGCGCCGCUGCACGGCCGCCGCAAACCGUGGGGGCGGCUGGAGGGCACGGACGCCGUGGACCUCGCGGAGCACCUGAUCCAUUUCGACGGGCCGGAGCGCGCGCUGGACGCGGCGCGAAAGACCCUGAAGAGGGCGGGCGUGCGUGAUGUGGCGACGCUGCUCAAGGAGCAGCGGCUGCGGAAGUACAAGAAGAAAUACCGAGAGCACGUGCUGCGGCAGCACGCCAAGGUGAAGGAGAGGGACGCUCGCUCCGUGAAGAUGAGCGAGCGCUUCACCAAACUGCUCAUCGCGCCCGAUAGCGCUGCCCUGGAGCACGAGGCUCCGGGGCCCGCGGAAGAGCCGGAGCCGAAGCGCGCUCGGCGAUCCGACACCCACACCUUCAACCGCCUGCUCGGCCACGACGGGGAGGGCCAGGGACCGCCGACCGUGGUGCUGCAGGGCCCGGCGGGCAUCGGCAAGACCAUGGCGGCCAGGAAAAUCCUGUACGACUGGGCGGCGGGCAAGGUGUACCACGGCCAGGUGGACUUCGCCUUCUUUGUGUCUUGCCGCGAGAUGCUGGAGCGACCGCGCACGUGCAGCCUGGCCGACCUGACCCUGGACCAGUAUCCCGACCGCAACGCGCCGGUGCGGCAGAUGCUAGCGCAGUCCACGCGGCUGCUGUCCAUUCUGGACGGCGUGAACGAAUUGCCGGCGCCAGGGCCCGCCGAGGCCGCGCCCUGCACAGACCCCCUUGAGGCCGCGAGCGGCGCGCGGAUGCUGGGCGGCCUGCCGAGCAAGGCGCUGCUGCCCACGGCCCGCGUGCUGGUGACCGCGCGCGCCGCCGCCCCCGGGAGGCUGCAGAGCCGCCUGUGCUCCCCGCAGCGCGCCGAGGUGCGCGGCCCCUCCGACAAGGACAAGAAGAAGUACUUCUACAGGUUCUUCCAGGACGAGUGGAGGGCGGAGCGUGCCUGCCGCUGCGCGAAGGAGAAUGAGACGCUGUUCUCGCUGUGCUUCGCCGUGUGCUGGACCGUGUGCCCCGUUCUGCGCCAGCUGCCAGGUCCUGACCUGUCGCGCACCUCCAAGACCACCACGUCCGUGUACCCGCUUUUCAUCGGCAGCGUCCUGAGCUCGGCGCCCGCGGCCGACCGACCCCGCCUGCAGGAAGAGCUGCACAAGCUGUGCCGCCUGGCCUGCGAAGGCGUCCUCGGGGGCAGGGCGCAGGUCUCUGAGAAGGACCUGGAACGACUGGAGCUUUGCGGCUCCAAAGUCCAGGCGCAGUUUCUCAGCAAGAAUGUGACAGGCGUGCUGGAAACCGAGGUCACCUACCGGUUCCUCGACCAGACCUUCCAGGAAUUCUUAGCCGUGCUGUCCUACCUGCUGGAGGACGAAGCUCCCCAGACACCUGCUGGCGGCGUAGGGGCACUUCUGCGGGGGCACCCGGAGCUGCGUGGCCACCUCGCGCUCACUACGCGCUUCCUUUUCGGGCUACUGAACACAGAGAGGAUGCGCGACAUCGAGCACCACUUCAGCUGCGCGGUUUCAGAGCGCGGGAAGCAGGAUGUCCUGAGGUGGGUGCAGGAUCAGGGCCAGGGCUGCCCUAGGGUGGCACCAGAGGGGACCGAGGGGACCCAAGCGCUCCGGGGCGCUGGGGAGUCAGAGGAGGAGGAGGGCGAAGAGCUCAGCGACCUGCUGGAGCUGCUGUACUGCCGGUACGAGACGCAGGAGGGCGCCCUUGUGCACCAGGCCCUGCGCGGCCUUCCUGAGCUGGCACUGGAGUGAGUGCACUUCAGCAGAAUGGACCUGGCCGUCCCGAGCUACUGCGUGCUGUGCUGCCCGGCGGGGCAGGCCCUGCAGCUGGUUAGCUGCAGACUGGCCACUGCCCAGGAGAAGAAAAAGAAGAGCCUGAUGAAGUGGCUACAGGGCAGCCUGGGAGGCAGCUCCUCUCGAACCACCAUGAGAAAACUCCUGGGCUCCCCACUGCAUCCACUCUGUGAGUGGACCGACCGACAGUGUGGUCUGAACACCCUGAUGCUGUCCCGCUGCAAACUGCCCGACUUGGUCUGCAGAGACCUCUCUGAGGCCCUGACGGAGCUGGGCCUCUUCCACAGCUGGCUCAGCGAGGCCGGCCUGCAUGCGCUGAGUGAGGGCCUGGCCUGACCCCAGUGCCGGCUGCAGACACUCAGCUCCCAGGGUGCCGCCUGCAAAGCCUCAGGUGGGGGCAGCGCCGGGAAAGGUCAACAACUCCCCAUCGCUGCCUCCCCGAGCCCUGGCCUCCUUCCCCCACCAGCUCCACUGCCAUCCUCUGCACACGGCUACAGUCUAACGUCCGUGGAGCUGAGCGAGCGGUCACUGCAGGAGCGGCGGGCCCUGGGGAGAGCAAAGGCGGGACUGGCCGUCACCCACCCAGCAUUGGACAGCGACCCCCAGCCUCACAAAGGGCUCGGCAGUGACCCCUGA